CGAUUGCCCCAAGAAUAUAUGGCUUGCCAAAGAUCCACAAAGACGGCUAUCCAUUAAGACCCAUAUGUUCGUCUAUAAAUUCCCCGUCAAUAAAACUGUGCAAAUACAUAGUAAACAUAUUAAAUAAUUUGACGACAAAAUCAGUUUACAACGUAAGGGAUUCUGUGCAAUUUAGGGAUAAGAUAAAGAACCUGACAGUUAAUAAUAAUGAAAAAAUGGUUUCAUUCGACGUGGUCUCACUGUUCCCAAGUAUUCCAGUAGAAUUAGGACUAAAUAUAAUUGAAGAAAGAUGGGAAGAAAUAGAACAAUAUACAAACAUAACCAAAGACAUGUUUCUGAAUAUUGUAAAAUUUUGCAUAAAGGACAACAGAUACUUCAAGUUUGAUGACAAAAUAUACAAACAAAAAGCAGGGCUACCGAUGGGAUCUCCAGCAUCACCCAUAAUUGCAGAUUUGGUUAUGGAAUCACUGCUCAACGAAAGCUUGCAAAGAUUACAAUCAAAACCAAAGAUACUGACGAAAUACGUGGAUGAUUUGUUUUUAAUUAUAAGGGAAGAUGCAAUACAAGAAACGCUGACAGUACUAAAUAGUUUCAACAAAAACAUUAAAUUUACUUUGGAAGAAGAAUGCGACGGAAAAAUCCCAUAUUUGGACACAUUAGUAAUAAGAAAUGCAGAUAAUACGAUAAAUAUAAAUUGGUAUCAAAAACCUACAGCGUCAGGUAGAAUAAUAAAUUACUACUCUAAACACACAAAACGAACAAUUAUCAAUACAGCGAAAAACUUAAUAAAUAGAGUACUAACAAUAAGCGACGAACAAUUUCAUUUCCAAAACAAAUUAAAAAUAAAAGACAUUCUAAUUAAUAAUAACUUCCCAUUACAUAUAACCAAAUCCCUAAUUGAAAAUUAUUAUAAGAAUAAACAUUCAAGUCGAGAUUCGCAGAAAACAGACCCGCCGAAGAUAUACAAAUCCCUGAUAUAUUUACCGAAUAUAUCAGAAAGAUUGGAAAAGUCAGAAAUAUAUGACAAAAAUAAAUACACAAUAGCACAUAGCUCACAUAACACAACAAAAUCUUUAUUCACAAACAUGAAAAGUAAAAUACCAAAAAUGGACAAACAUAAUGUAGUUUACAAAAUUGAAUGUGGUGGUAACAAGGAAGAAAGUUGCGGAAAACAUUACGUUGGCACAACAAAAAACAAACUAAAAACUAGGAUGUCAGCACACAAAUCAGACAUCAAAUUAAGAAACAAUAAUUCGAUACAAAAAACAGCGUUAGCCGAACACUGUAAACAGUACAACCAUACACCCAAGAUCGAUGACGUGAGAGUGUUACAAACGGAACAUCACUACAACAAGAGACUAACGAUAGAGAUGCUUCACAUCAAUAGUUUAUCAACAACAAAGAGAAUAAACAGCAAAGCAGACACGGACAACACAGCUUACUGCUACAGGCAUUUAACAAAAAGAGAUCGUGCAAUAUGCAAAUAAUUAUCAGUGCAAUAGUAACACUUGACGGUAGUAGUCACACUACGCUAGUUUUAAGUUUAUUAUUUUAAUUAUUUGCAAAUCACCCUGAAGAUGAAACUCAAAGAGCUUCGAAAUAUUGGAAAAAGAAAAAUAAAUAAUUAAAAAACCAAAAAGUUUGACCUCAAGCUCAAAUAAUUGUUUUUAUUAAC